AUGCGGCAUACUGAUAUAAAGCAGUCCACACAAGAAAUAGCUGAUCAUGACAUUAGCGACACAGCUACUGAGUAUUCAGAUGAAUCCAGAAGCACGUUUUCGAAGAAGCGGAGUUUUAUAUGGGAACUAGCAAAUGAGCUGUUCAAAAAUAUUAGCUCAUUAAAUGUGGACGAAAUGACCCAAGCAAGGGUCUCGAAUAUCCUACCUGAGCUGCUCCAGGCAUUUGCGUUGAAGGUUGGUUAUGGUGCUAAAACGCAAAUGCAUCGAGAUGUCAUGGCUUUUGUGCAUAGGCAUAGACGUGAGAUCGCCACGGAGUUUGCAGACAUUGGUUUCAAGGACUCGGAUGAUUCUAACCUAAAAAAGCGCAGAGCGGAGGGUAUGAGCUGGCAAGAUCGUACGAGUCUCUGGUUCGAAAAGACUUCAUUUGAAACAGAGGAAUCGCCGGAAGAGCCUGUACAAUCAACGACAAGAGAUGAUGAAGCUCUAGAGGAUGAUGUUCCAGACGAGUAUGGAGAAGUGCCGGAGAGCUGGCUUAUUGCUUACCGGAAGCUCCUUACAGGUAGCAGCGCGUACGAAGAGCUCCUCGCUCGAUUGCAAAGAGAAUUUUAUCUAGUUCCAGCAGAACUAAACAUUAUGGGAGAGAUUCGAGGAAGAAUUAUAUCUUCGCUCCCAUCGCCGCAUAAAGUCAGUAGGAGAAUAUCGCCACGGAGCUGUCAUGCCAUAUUUCAACUUGACUGGGAUAUCAUUGAUUUUUUCAAUACUCAGGGGUAUUUAAAAGAGUCUUACGAGGUAUUUGAGGGCGUUAUUACUAUUACUGGGUCUUGUCAGGAUGCCCAAGCUGCAACUUGUGCUCAAUACAUAAAACAGACGUGGCCCUUUAUAGGAGAAAUAGUCAUUCGGUUGGUCAAGGAUGUCCUCAAGGGGGCGAGCCAUGUAUAUCUGUUACCCGAUCGAACAGCAAUUACGGCAUGGAUUGACACACCCAAAUUUAUGCUAGAAGUCUAUGGAGUCUCAGUUUCCAUAGCAGAGAUUGGGGAACUGUUCUCUUGGCUUGGAGCUGCUCUGAGAACCUCUCCACGACACAACGGAUUAAUGUAUUGUGUGCCAAAUGUUCGCAAUAUUGAUUCAAAUACCGCGCUAUUAACGCACAUUAUGACGCCGCCAUCAUCUACUCUUGUUAUCUAUGAAAUCAAAUUUGCGAUGAACAUAGCCCCCCGAUCCCUACCAGCGGCAAAUGGCCAGUGCUGGCACGAUAUUUUCAGGAAUCCAAUUAUCGUAGGAGGGUAUCCUAUUCCUCAAAGACUUAAAUGGAAUACAGGUCUUGAAAUUCCUCUUAAUAUUAUGGCAGGACUGGCUCGGACUCGGCGGGUUAACCGGUUUAAAGAAAAAGUAUACAUCAAGGGCUUUUCAACAAUGCUCGUUCCAACUGAGAAAAAUACAGACAUGAUUUGCUGGCAUCUAAUCUAUAACGAGGACGGAGAUCAUAUAUCCUACUUGGAUGAUGAUCAGGAUCAAGAGCAAUAUAUUGGACAGCUAGAUCUGGAGAACUAUCGACAUGUUUUGGGGUGGUGCUCGGAAGCAAAAUUAUAUGCGGGUUCGGCAGGAGCACGUCAUCCUGUAACUCACUCGAGGCUCCCCAAACCUCAUACAGGCUGUGCUCUCUCUGGAGUGAGUGUUUCAGAAGGAAAAAUGAUACUGAAUGGUCCAGAAUUCUGCAUUGGAGCCAAAGAUACACCGGUCUACAUCUCUCGUAAAGGCAAUAUCCGGCGGCUGAAAUGGAUAUCUACCAAGUUCAUUCUUUUAUGGGAUGAACGCGAUAAACGGGGCUGGCUAAUCAAUGGUACGACUGCUCUUUUACACAUCAUACGAGCUUUUUUGUCGCACGCAAAAGAGGACAACUUCAAGUCUGCGUUUUAUUUCAAGGACGAGGACCUUCAAGAGGCGGAAACCCCCUUUACGGCCGACUCUGCCAUUGCCGUGCUUCUUAACCCCCACAAUAGACGACUUAAGCUUUACGAAGAAGAUGACGAUGACGACGACGACGAGUAUCUUUUUAAAACUCAAAUUGACCAUUUUUACAAUUUGCUGGAGAAGCUCAUUGAUCAUCAGGCAGAUAUUGCUGGAGACUGUGGAACUAAAUUGAGUAAUAACCCGCGAAGAUAUCUUGAAGGAUGGGAUUUUGAAGAUGUGGCGAAAGAAUGUCCAACUUUAUAUCCACGAGUGGCCACUAUAGCGGAUGCUGGAAAAGGAUGGGUGGAUUUUAUAAGGGCUAUCCAUGCUGUCACAUUAGUCGGUCGAGGUUUUGGUGAUAUUAUCAAGCCCGUUGGCCGAAGUCAAUGCGAUUCGUGGGCCACGCUUCCAACGAAGCGAUAUUAUAUCGCAAGCUGCGUUUCUGAUUUGGACCGUCUCUUGAAGUUAGCCGGAUGUCACCAAGAUGGUCAUGCUAUGCUCUGCGAUAACAUGAUAUAUCAUACUCCGGCCUCUGUUUAUAUGUCCUGCCAAUGCAGAGGUACAUUAGGACAGAAGCAUUGUGAGCCUGUUCGAACGAUAAUCCCGUCGUCAAUGUCCAUGGAUGUACCUUUUAUAAAUCAUCCAAGCCAAUCCAGAGACCUGGGCGCAGUCAUUCUUGGAUAUAAUUCCCAUUUCCCGUUAAUCUGGGGAGACACUGGUCCUCCCCAACAAGGUGAACUUAUGGAAAAGGAGCCUUCACCCAAAGCGAUUAAGGAAAAUGUAGAUUCUGGUUUCGGCUCAAACUCAAUAGUGUCGGAGAUAGAGAGCCCCUCAAUUCCUCAGUCAACGCCGGAAACUCAAUAUUCAGCCAGGCCUAGGGACCUUUAUCCCGAGAGAGCGAAGAAACUGGUGCAAAAUCUCACGAUCCCAGCCGACAGUGAGACAAACUCCUGGAAGCAAUACGCGGUAGGGAUUAUCUGCCCGCUAGCAAAGGAGCUUAAGGCAGUCCUAGCCCUCUUUGACAAUAACCAUUGUAGUCCAAGCCCAGAAUCAGAAGAUAGUGACAUAUACUUUCUUGGGGAUAUGGCUGGGCACUGGGUCGUCGCAACGUGUCUUCCAGCUACCGAAUACGGAACCAAUUCGGCUGCGGCCACAGCUGCUAAUCUGAAGUCCAGGUUCUCUUCAAUUCGAUUCUGUCUCCUAGUUGGUAUUGCAGGUGGUGUGCCCUCAGAGGAGAAAGACAUUCGCCUUGGUGAUGUGGUUGUCAGCCAGCCUACCGGUACCAGUCCUGGGGUGAUUCAAUAUGAUCUUGGGAAAGAGGAAGAUGGUAAUCAUUUCCGACUGACGGGUUCGUUGCAGCGCCCGCCGCGCGUCUUAAUGAGGGCUAUUAGUGCCAUGGAGGCAAAUCUGGAGCCACCAGCUGGCCGAUUGAAUAAAAAUCUUUGCAUCAUUGCAGAUCGCUUCCCAGAAUAUAAGUAUCCAGGUCAAGACUUGGAUAUAACAUAUCAGGCCGCCUGUGCGUCAUGCGUCUUGCAUCAGGCAUGCCUUGGAUCUUGUUCUCACAUACGGCAGCGCGUUCCACGUACGACAACUACACCCAUGAUUCACUAUGGACUUGUAGCGUCGGGCAAUCGUGUGAUAAAGAAUCUGACAGUCCGCAACCAAGUGGCACAAGAGCACGGCAUCCUGUGCUUUGAGAUGGAGGCCGCUGGGGUGAUGAAUACGGUGGACUGCCUGGUGAUUCGCGGAAUCUCCGAUUAUUGCGAUGCUCAAAAGAACGACAUCUGGCAAGAGUAUGCGGCUGCCACGGCUGCAGCAUAUGCGAAGCUUUUGCUCGGAUUUGUCCCCAAAACAAAACGUCCUGGUGCUGAUAGCACGGAGCGAAAUGGAGACAUGGCACUAACUAAGAAAAGGAAGCUUGACCAAUAG